AGCCUUCAUAAUCUAAAAGUUAACAUUUUUAUUUUCCUAACAUAAAUCCAAAGAUUUUGACUUUUGUAAAAGAAAAUAAAAACAGUGCUGUUCUGAAGCAUCUGUCAGGCAGAAAUAAGAUAAUAGUCGAGUUUUUAGAAAGUCUUUCUUUUUUCUGGGUUGGAGUCCGGCAUGUCAAUGGAGUCAAGCUAUGGUUCAGGGGACCACAGCAUCAAAGGAAUACCAACUCAUGGUGGACGCUAUGUUCUGUACAACGUUUAUGGUAACCACUUCGAAGUUUCCAGAAAAUACGCCCCUCCUAUUCGCCCCGUCGGCCGUGGUGCUUAUGGUAUUGUCUGUGCUGCUUUGAAUUCAGAGACACGUGAGGAGGUUGCUAUCAAGAAAAUUGGUAAUGCAUUUGACAAUAGGAUUGACGCCAAAAGGACAUUGCGAGAGAUCAAGCUUCUUCGUCACAUGGAUCAUGAGAAUGUGAUUGCCAUCAAAGACAUCAUACGGCCUCCGCAGAGGGAGAACUUUAAUGAUGUCUACAUUGUUUAUGAACUGAUGGACACUGAUCUUCAUCAAAUCAUACGAUCUGACCAACAAUUGACAGAUGAUCAUUGUCGGUACUUUCUAUAUCAGAUUUUACGAGGGCUCAAGUAUGUACAUUCUGCAAAUGUAUUGCAUCGUGAUUUAAAACCCAGCAAUUUGCUUCUGAAUGCUAAUUGCGACCUUAAAAUUGGGGAUUUUGGGCUUGCAAGGACGACAUCUGAAACUGAUUUUAUGACAGAAUAUGUAGUCACUCGUUGGUAUCGAGCGCCAGAAUUACUUCUAAAUUGUUCUGAGUACACUGCUGCAAUUGAUAUUUGGUCGGUAGGUUGCAUACUUGGUGAAAUGAUGACCAGGCAGCCCCUCUUCCCUGGAAGAGACUAUGUGCAUCAGUUGAGGCUUAUCACAGAGCUUAUAGGUUCACCUGAUGAUUCCAGCCUUGGGUUCCUUCGAAGUGACAAUGCCAGAAGAUAUGUUAGACAGCUUCCACAAUACCCAAGGCAAAAUUUUUCUGUUAGAUUUCCUAACACGUCACCUGGUGCUGUUGAUUUGCUAGAGAGGAUGCUUAUCUUUGAUCCGCAUAGGCGCAUUACAGUUGAUGAAGCUCUAUGUCACCCAUACUUGGCACCUCUUCAUGACAUCAAUGAGGAGCCUGUAUGCCCAAGGCCUUUCAGUUUUGAUUUUGAGCAGCCAUCUUUUACCGAAGAAGAUAUCAAGGAGCUCAUCUAUAGAGAAUCUGUAAAAUUCAAUCCAGAUUCAAUUCAUUGAGGAUCAUUUGUUGUAUAGUGUACCUAUUGCCUUGUGUGCUAUAAUACCAUGUAGAGGCUCAUCAGUCCAUUUGUGUGCCUUGGCCUUGAAUACUCGUAAACAGAAUGAUAGUUUAUUCCACUUUCAAUCUCUUGUUGCUCAUCAGAAUGAGCUUCGACCCCUAGUUGGAGGCUUGCUAGAGAGAUUAGUUAAUCAAGCUGAUGAUGCUGUUAUCAGUUCAUUCUAUCUUGAGGAGUAAACCAGUAAUAUGCACGUGUGGAGCAUGUGUUUAAGUCUAAAGUCAUGUAGGUUUUCCUUGGUACAGUAAUAUACAUUAAGGCUUCAGUGCUCUGAUCUGCUGAUUCUAUAACUUUCUAGUCUUAUGAUGAAACUUCUGUUCUUUUUUCUUUAUUUGUAUAUAGUGGUUACAUCAAGCUGGCUCUUCCUGGAA